GUUGAAAUCAUGUGACCUCCAGCUAUUUCUUGACUUCGCAGGCAUUUGACGUUUGGUAGGAUAAAAUUUACAAAAACUAGUGUAAAAUGUCUGGUAAAGAAAGGAUAAACGUGUUCCCUUCACGAAUGGCUAUGGCCAUCAUGAAGGCAAGACUGAAGGGGGCUCAGAAAGGUCAUAGCCUGUUGAAGAAGAAAGCAGAUGCCUUGACCAUGCGUUUUCGACAAAUUCUCAAAAAGAUCAUUGAGACAAAAGUGAUGAUGGGUGAUGUGAUGAAAGAGGCAUCAUUUUCAUUGGCCGAGGCAAAGUUCACAACUGGAGACUUCAAUCAUAUGGUUCUGCAAAAUGUAGCCAGAGCUCAGAUAAAAAUCAGAUCUAAGAAGGACAAUGUUGCAGGUGUGACCUUACCAGUAUUUGAACACUAUAUGGAUGGAUCUGACAGCUAUGAGCUGACAGGCUUAUCCAGGGGUGGUCAACAGAUUGACAAACUAAAGAAGAAUUAUCAAAAAGCGGUCCAACUGCUAGUAGAACUUGCUUCCUUACAGACGUCUUUUGUAACUCUUGAUGAGGUCAUCAAAAUCACCAACCGCAGAGUUAAUGCCAUAGAACACGUGAUCAUUCCCAGGAUUGAGCGUACCUUGUCGUACAUCACAACAGAGUUGGAUGAGAGGGAGAGAGAAGAGUUUUAUAGGUUAAAGAAAGUUCAGGAGAAGAAAAAGAAGGUGAGAAAGGAGAAGGAAGCUGCAGCUUUGGAAUUAAAGAUGCAGGGGAUACAGAUGGAGGAAGCUGCCAACUUGUUAGAAGAUGACAAAGAUGAAGACUUACUUUUUAAUGAUUGAUAACAUAUAUCAGUUAUUUAGCACACUUACAUGUGAAGUUCACACCAGACCUGUAAUACUGAGUAUUGCUGUCAUAAUGCACUGAUGUAGUAUCUGCUGUAAACAAUACUAGUAUGUCUAAUCAAAGGAAGUAGGUUUUUAUGUAUACUAUGGGUGAUGUAGUCCAAGGACGAGAGUUGAUAGAAAACAGUAACUGAAUUAGAAAUACCCAAGAUAUAACACAUAUAAUAUCAGUUGAAAGACAUUUUAGUGUCUGACAGUAAGAUCUCUGGUUGAAAGAUGUAUAUUUAAUGUAAAUGGGAGCGUUUUUGCGAUGUCAUGAUACCACAUGAUAUUCACAGGAAGAAAUUAGCCCCCUAAGUUAUGCUGAUAUAUACUAUAAUGUAAAAGUUAAGCUGUACAUUUUUUCUCCUACAUUUUCAGUGUUACAUUAUAAUCAUUGCACUUUUCCAAUUCCAUACAAAAUAUGUUGUAUGACGUAUUUAAAGAUCAAUUGAUUCUAGUCAUAAUUAAUCCAUGUCAUUUGUACUGGUAGGUUCCACAGCAAUUUGAACACUGUGCUAUGAGCUAAUGGUGAAGCAAGAAUUUAGUAGUCUUGAACACCUUGGCAUUAGACUUACAUGUAUGCAAUGUUGAAUGCUGGCUAUGCAACAAAGCGUUAUGGCAAAGGUGAGGAUGAACAAUAUACUACACAGCUUGGGACCGAAAUAACUUGAGGGCUAUAAGGUUCUCUAUUGCAAUGAAGUGAGGAUGUCACAAUGCCAGCAGUAAUCUUCUCUAGCAAAUUAAGUCACAUAUUCUGAUGUCAUAUCGCAGUGGUUUGCUUAAUCCUGUCUGUGAAUGCUUCUCUAGGCUAAGAGUCACAGUGUUAGCUGUAAGUUCUUGCUGUAAAACAUUUUACCAUCAAAAAUUAUUUAAUUAAAUGAAGGUGCCAUUUCAUGAACCACAAGUGGUAUGCGAGCUGUUGCAAGGGCAUAAUCAUUUUUGUACACUGUACUUCCUGGUUAAUAAAGUGCAGCAUGUCGAAUCGGCCAUAGGUAUUGUGUCGCCAUGACCUGUAUGUGCUCAUAGUGCUACAUGCGCUUUGCCAAACAGGGCCUCUGGUUGGCAGUGUACAAUAAAACACAACUUGACCAGACAAGUAAAUUGUUAUAUUCAAGUAUAUCAGGCAAUUGUCAACUGUAUUUAUCAUCAGAUAGCAAAGAAAACACAUCCACAGGUUGUCCACAUGUUAUCUACAUUUACUUUGUUUGUUUGGCAAUAAAAGGAAUUGCAUAUGAGUGAAAGCCUGUCAUUAUUAUGCAUACAUCAGUGUGUGCAAUAUAAACGCACAGUAUUACAAAAUAGAUAUGUGACCUAGAGAUUACUUUGCAAUUUAGAAACAGAUUUAUUCAGGCAUUUUCUUACUACUAUGGAUAUCUUUGAAGUUAUUAAGGUUUCUUUUAUGUAGACCUACAUGUUUACACAUAAAUGGGAAAGGCACUGCCACAGAAUAGAGUUUCGAGUUCCAAAUCUUUUUGUUGGUUAAGGUAAAAACAGCCCUACUCUAUCACCUGAAAAAUGUUGGGCAACUGUUGUUAACAUUAAUUUACUGAUCACUUAUCUCGCCAUGUUCCAGAGGCACAAAUCCAGAGACAUCUCUUUCCUUUAGGAACUUUGCAGAUUCACAAACAUUAAGCUUCUCAAUUUUCUGCGUCGUUUGUAACUGUGAUCAGUAAUACUGGCCUAACAUUUUUCACAGGUCAAAUGAUAUAGUAGGGCCCUUUCUACCUUUGGCCAUUAAAGAAUUAGAACUUGAAACCGCCGUCCUUAGGGAAGAUAUUUCCAACUUGCUGUGAGCCUGCUUCCUUAUGUGAGGGCAAAGUGAUUAAAAAUUAUACUGGUCACGGACUUAAUUCAAAACGUAAAAUCCCCAUUGAAAGCUCUACAAGAUGACACUUAUCUGUGAAUUUAAUGUCAAAUUUAACAGCAAAGAUUCCAUCAUUACAUCUAGUGUUAAUUUUUGUACUGUGUGGAAUCAACCCUGAAUUCCUUUGUGUGGGAACCUGCGAAGCUCCAAUUACUUCAAGAUUGAGCACCAGUUAAGAUGGGGCCUAGUGGUUAGUCUCCUAGAGCAAACAUGAUGACCAAAAAGUCACUGACCAACGUGGUUGCUGUCAGCUCAACUCCAGCUCGGGCUGGCUUCCUGACUGCUGGUACCUGGAAAGGUUUGUCAGCCACCUGAGGGUUUCUAACCCUGGAUCCCACCAUAAUGCUGCCUGAAGGCACAGGAGUGAUAUAUUCUUCAAAUAAAUCACCAGUCAAACAAACACAACACUGAACAAACCCAUUAAGAUCAUUUUACAAGUCAACCAUACAUAUUAGAAAAAGCAGUGUUAAUGGGAGACUCGAGGACGAGCUACACAUAAGUCCAAAUGACAGUAGAAUGCAUUGCUUUCUUCUGUGAAGUCGCAGUGCGUGUGUACUUCAUGUAUGUUUAUGAUAACUCUGAUCUAAUAAAGGAAAGAACAAAUGGGUUCACAGCUUUGGACGGUCUUGAUACAGACGGGAAGGAGUUUACAAGCUCCCCCAUUAUUGCACGGGUCCAACCUUUUUUGGCUGAGCAAACUAAUGGAUUUUGACAAGAGUGCGCUUGCCCUGAACCAAUGGUUCAACUGCUCAUAAAGUCAAAUAUUCUUGAAUACAGCAAUAAACAACCAUUAAAAGCGGCCUCCGAGGCUCAGUUGGUUAGCGCGCUAGCGCAGCGUAAUAACCCAGAAGCCUCUCACCAAUGCGAGCGCUGUGAGUUCAAGUCCAGCUCAUUCUGACUUCUUGAGCAUGGCGUUGAACACCAAUCAAAUAAAUAAAUAACAACCAUUAGAUAUAUAUAUAUAUAUAUAUAAAAGUGAUUUCACACACACAAAUAUUUCAAAAGUAUAGUUUCGUGCUCCAUCAGGUUUACCUAAUGGAAAAAAAAUGCCCUCUUAAAUUUUCCACAAACACAUUUUUAGUCUACAAACUUCAACCCUUUUAUGUGAUACACAUGCUUAUAUAAAAACCAUUAAAUACAUGUUACAAUGGUAAUACAAUCUGUCAUACAUGUAAAACUGGCAACUGACUGGGCAAGACAGUUUACAUUUCAAGAUGCCAAGGUAUCCAGGGUAAACAAAUCUAACUAUAAUUAUAUAAGCAUCUCAUGUACCUGAUCAUGAAAGAUAAAUAUUAAGAUUAUCUUCAUUAUGAAGUCAAAUUAUGUGACACAUAGAUGACGAUUCAUCUCAUGCCUAAAAUAAUAUUUCCAAUUUUCCACAAUGAUAUAUAUAUACAUGUUAUAUAAAAAUGAAACGAAUUAUUACGAUUAUUUAUGAAUUAUUAUUAUUACUAUUAUGGCCAUCAAGAUCUUCCUUCCAUCAAUCCAUCAACACUAGCAGUAUGUUGGGCACUUCUCUUCAAGACUGCCUUAA